AUGGCGUCACGAAUCAGGAAGGCAGCGACACUUCUCUUCUCCAUUUCCGGCGAGUCUCGUCUCUGCAAUUCCGGUGGGAUCUCUCACGGAUCAGACCGGAUCGCGAGAACCGGAGCAUUGCUCAGCCGCGGGAUCUCUUCCGCUGCGUCGUCUUCGGCUGUUGUGGCGGAUGAUGAAUCUGGUGGGAUUUACGGGCUGGGAGGUGUGUUGAAAGAGUACGACGAUUACAGGAGAUCUCUCUACGGUGAAUACACACAUAAAGCGUUGCUCGUCGAUGCCGUUGGUACUCUCGUUGUUCCCGCCCAACCUACGGCCCAGAUAUACAAGAGUAUCGGAGAGAAGUAUGGAGUUGAGUACUCAGAAGCUGAGAUACUUUUUAGAUACAGAAGAGCUUAUCAGAAACCAUGGGGCGGAUCUCAUCUUAGAUAUGUGAAUGAUGCGAGACCUUUCUGGCAGUAUAUAGUGACUGCAUCAACAGGAUGUUCUGAUUCUGAGUACUUUGAAGAGCUUUACAGCUACUUCACUACGGAGCAGGCGUGGAAGCUAUGUGAUCCAGAGGCAGAGAAAGUGUUCAAGGCUAUUAAGAAAGCUGGUGUAAAAGUUGCAAUUGUGUCCAACUUCGACACUCGAUUAAGACCUCUCUUACGAGCAUUGAGAUGCGAAGACUGGUUUGAUGCUGUGGCUGUUUCAGCAGAAGUUGAAGCGGAGAAACCAAACCCGACAAUUUUCUUGAAAGCUUGUGAAUUGUUAGGAGUGAAUCCUGAGGAGGCGGUUCAUGUAGGAGAUGAUCGUAGGAACGAUGUAUGGGGUGCUAGAGACGCAGGCUGUGACGCUUGGCUAUGGGGAAGUGAAGUUACUUCGUUUAAAGAGGUUGCUCAACGGAUAGGAGUCAAGGUCUGA